AUAUGUCAAUGUCAUAUGGCUGGGCGAGGUUUGUUUACAAAACAAUGUAAAAUAAAAUAAACAACCGUUAUAAAACUGUAAAAAUUUAAUUAGUAAAUUAGCACAGUAGUCACAACACCAAAAAAUAUGGAUCUGAAAAGUACCGCGGCGGAAUAUUUCAGCAAACUCAACCCAAUCGCUUCAAGGAUCUACGCCGACUUACAAGAAACCAAAGGGGCAUACGAAGACUUAUGGAAUCACCUAUCUCAAGACGAACAAGAUCAGAUAUUAACCGAAAGUAUUAUUAAACCCGAAGUAUCCGUUAAGUAUAGCUCACCAGAUGUCACAAUAAGCAAGGAGUAUGCCGUUAAGGUAGUUGUAGAUGACCAUUGCUCAUAUCGGGAUGAACACUCGGGGCCAUUCAGUUUUCGUACCAGAAGCCAAAGAAAUUUGACAGUUUUUCAAGGAGAGCCACUCAAGACUAAAGUUAGAGAAAAUAAGGUUAAACCUAAACCCAAAACAAUACCAAAGAAUACUGAAGUACCUACAUCUCGAUCUCUAUAUGCUCAAGAAAUAGUUCUGGAAGAUAUUGAUGUAGAAGAUGGUGUGAAGUCAAACACAAGUACUCUGCCAAAGACUGGACUAGACUUUUUAGAUAAUUGGUAGUACAUAUAUAUGUUGUAAUAUAAAUGUUUGUCAUAUCUUU